CUUAUCAGUUAUAUAAUUUAAAGUUAUACAAUUAUUCAUCCUAAAUCUCCACCAUAUUAAACCCAGAUAUUUGGGACGUACUUUAGAUGCUCAUUAAGCAAGGAACAAAACAUGACAUGUCAUGCUGUUAUAGGAAAAUAAUCAAUGAGACCAUGACCACCCAAAAGUUGACAAUUUUCCAAUAACAGCAUAUCCUGGAAAUGAUAAUACCACAGCAAUUUGCCAGGGAUUGCAGUAUUAAUUUAUUAAUGAACUAUCCCUCUCAUCCACUUAGAAUUACGUUUAAUAUUGUGAAACAUCUGCAAAACAAGAUUCCUGUUUCAAUUACUUAUAAUAUAGCAAUAUUAAACAUUUGUUCCCUCACCAGCCUUUCCUUUUACAUUCUCUUGAAGUUAAUGAGACAACUCCUUCCAGAAGACUUUCCCAUGUUGGAAAAGUUACAGCUUUUCCUCUGACUGUUACAAAACGCUGACACUGGAGACUCAUUCCACAAGUGUUAAAUAAAUACCUCCUCACAGAAAGCUUUACCAUAUCAACAAUUAAACACUUUUUAAAUUGCUUUAUUUGGUUAUGACGUGUCCCCCAUGCUAGUUCCUGUAUAAGGAUUUACUACAGAUUUGAUAACGUAUUAUUUAAAAAGAGAGCAUUAAUAUAAACCUUGCAGCCUGAAUGACUGUAAGAGCUGCUGUUAUAGAAAAUUAAUCAAGACCUUGUGACCAAUCAGAGUCGGGAAUUCAACAGCACUGUGUUAUAGCUAAAAAUAUAAUGUUCUGGCAAAAUUUAUUUUUUUAUCUUUAUUUUUUGUUGAUGUAUGCUGAGUUGUCAUUUGUUUUCACACAUGCUGUAAAAAUGACAGUGAAGAGAUCAUUUUAAAAUUGUUCCAUAAACGAAUUAUGUCAAUUAAUGUACCGGCAGUUAGGAGAUACAAUGAACACGGUAAUAACAAUGAUGAGCAUUGCUGAGGUUCUACUUGCUCUCACUUUGAUUAGAAAGGAACCCUGACUUCAUAAUAAUUACAUAUUACACUAAUGUGUCUGCAUGGUGUAACAAGUGUGCUUUUAUUGGUAGGCCAAGCAUUAGCUUAGUGGUUCUGUGUGGCUCAUAUUUCAAAAAGAAGCAGUUAUUUGGUAGGUUCAGAUUUGGUUCUACUUGUUUUGUAAAACUGACUACACCUAUGGCUUUUAAAACAAACCCACAUCCAGAUGUUCAGUGUACUCCCACAAUCAAGAGUUUAAGCUGAAGUAGCUGAUAUGUCCAGUAUAUCAAUAUAUUGUGACUUAUGAAUUGAUGAACGUGUCAAGUGUUUCCUAUGUGGAGGCGUAUGCAAAACAACACUUGCCUCCAGAAUGCAAAUUAGAUUAUGUUGUCACACAGUCAAACAGCUGCAAAGUAGGGGGAAAAACACAUAUAUGCAUAAAUGACUUGACUUAUAUGUUGCAUCAAGUUUCUUCGAAGUGUUAGGUCAAUACAUCUGGAAGGCAGAAUAUGCAAAAUGACAUUUGCCUCCAAAAUGCAAAGUGGAUUAUGUAAAGUUGGUCCAAAUCAUCUUCCAGCGUCUGUCUAAUUGCCUGCCAUAACCACUGCUCUGUUCACAAUAUUGAUGUACAUUCAUCACAAGGAGCAAUGUUGCGUUGUGUGUUCUUAGGCUGCCUCUUGAAUUUUGCUUUUCACUUUUUCACCAAACAUGAAUGCAAGGCAAGUGAGUUUCAGUUACCAGGGGACUAUAAACUUGGGGGAAUUUUUCAUGUGCAUUCAGCCAGUGACGUUGUGAUUCCAAAUUCUCCUAUGGCACUAGAGUGCUACACGUGAGUACAAACGCUUUCUAUGGUUUGUGUAGCAGUCUUCCAAUUAGAUACUUAGCAGUAAAAGCAAUAGAAGCAGUAAAAAUGGAUGUGGUGUUUCUUGGAAAAAGAAAAUGCCACCACGCGUUCUCACCACGCAUUCAACCCUUCCGCAGGCAGCCAUUUUCAAUGACAGCUUAUCAGAUGUUCGAGGUGAUGCGGUUUGCUGUGGAGCAGAUUAAUAACUCCACCACCAUCCUGCCUAAUAUCACUCUUGGAUAUGAGAUCUAUGACUAUUGCUUAAAAACGCGGAGUUUUCCUUCAAUCCUCGAUUUUAUCUCAGACAAAGGACGAAUAAAUGUGUCAGCCAAGAAGAGCAAACAUAAUGUCAUUGGUCUCGUGGGUGCAUAUGCAAGUUCACAAUCUAUGUCGGUUGCACCUUUAUUUAUGAUGGACCUCAUUCCAAUGAUUAGCUAUGCAUCCUCCAGCUACGAUCUAAGCAAUAAGUGGGUAUAUCCAAGUUUUUUGAGGACUGUACCAACCAACCAAGAUCUAAUAAUGGUCAUAAUUAAGCUCAUUCAGCAAUUUGGAUGGAAUUGGGUAGCUUUCAUUAGCAGCGAUGAUGCAUACAGUCGAAACGGCCUCGAAUUAUUUCGCAGUAACAUCAAAGACACCAGCAUCUGCUUGGCCUUUUUCUAUGAACUUACAUCAAAGUCCAAUUAUUCAGAUAUACUAAACAAGAUAGACUCACUCAGCAUCAAUGUGAUCAUAGUCUUCACGCAGGAACUCCCUGCCCGAGAAUUUGUCAAAACAGCCGUCAGAAUCAAUAUUAGAGAUAAAGUUUGGAUAGCGGGUGAUACAUGGUCUAUGGACGAAUUACUUAUCAGUUACCCAGGCAUUGAGCAAAUCGGGACUAUCUUCGGUGUCACAGCAACAACUCUGAGUUUACCUGGAUUUGACGACUUUGUCUACAAAACACGGCUUAGUGGUGAAAACGACGACUGUGUGAAAUGUAAGGAUGGAGAGAAGUGCAAUCAAGUUUGCGAAAACUGCACAAGCCUGAACGCAGAUGACAUUAUAAACCAAAACCCUACAUACUCGUUCUCCAUCCAGGCGGCUGUGUACGCCUUUGCCUCUGCACUCCAUCAAGCGCUCAAUUGCAGCAUGGCAGGGUGUGAUCCACCUCGAGACAUCCCACCUUAUGUGCUUCUGAAUUACCUGAGAAAGUUGAGCUUCACAUUACAAAACCAGCAAAUUGAAUUUGAUGAACGUGGAGAUCCACCAGCCAGUCUUGCAGUCGCACUCUGGAGGCCAAACAAAAAUCCACUUUUUGUAAUGGCUGCUACAUAUGAAUCACACCCAACUAUUCAGUUUACCUUGAAUAGACGCGCUAAUCCGUGGUCUGAAAAUGGCACAUGUGAGAAAUGCAAGGCCCAGACAUACAUCAACACCACAGCGGAUGCUUACACUUGUGCUCCAUGUGAAGAGGGUUACUGGUCUGAUGAAAAGAGCAUAAUCUGCAAAAAGCGCACUAUUGUCUAUCUUGAGCUCACGGACCCUCUGUGCAUGCUAUUCUUGGUAUGCGCUGUGGCCUUCAUUGUUGUCUCCAUUGGACUGAUAAUCCUUUUUGGCAUCAACUACAACACUCCGGUGGUAAAGUCUGCCGGUGGUAAUAUGUGCUUCCUUAUGUUGUUUUGCUUGGUUCUGGCCAACAUUGGGGUGUUCUUUUACUUUGGAGUGCCAGACCCAGUGAAUUGUUCUUUAAGGAAUGUCUUUUUCAUAUUUUUCUACACUAUUUGCCUUUCUUGUAUGGGUGUUCGAUCCUUUCAAAUUGUUUGUGUCUUCAAAAUGGCUGCCCAGUUUCCAGAUGUCUACCACUGGUGGAUGAAGAACAAUGGUCAGUGGCUUUGUAUUAUUGUCUACUCUUUCAUACAGCUUGUUGCUUGUGGGAUAUGGCUUCUAACUGGAAGACCCAAACCCUACAACGACAGUAUGUCUUUUAAAGAUCAGACUAUCUUGACAUGUGAUAUGGGUUCAAUGGUCACAUCCACCUUAGCUUGGUCUUGUCUCUGGUUUCUUAGUAUAGUCUGUUUCUGUUUCUCCUACAUGGGCAAAGAUCUACCAAAAAGCUACAAUGAAGCAAAGUCCAUUACGUUUAGCUUGCUUGUAUUUUAUCUGGGCUGGAUUGCAUAUUUCACAGCAUAUAUUGUGUUCAGAGGAGCGUACAUACAGCUUCUAAAUGCAGUAGCACAGCUGUCCAGUUCAUAUGGAAUUAUUUUUAGUUUCUAUAUGCCAAGGGCCUACAUCAUUAUUUUCCAACCCCAAAAGAACACUCAGGCAUACUUUCAGUCAUCAAUCCAGACAUAUACACAGACUAUUAGCAGAAUGUAGAUUUAUUUAAUCACAUAGGAGAUGGAUAUAUGUGCAAAUACAGGUCCUCAUCUAUAGUGGCCAAAUCCAUACUCAAAAUACUAUGUAAAAAGGUUAAGAUCUGAACAAGAACUAAACCGAACAAUAUACUGUAGUGUAUUAAACCAAAGCUGUGGGUGUGGUAAUGCACUAGAUGAAACACCAGGUGGCAAAGUUACAUUAAGGGCCUUAGGGUUAUCACUACACUGAUAUAGAUAGUGUCUAGAGUGGUGCAUGAAACAGAGACAAGCCAGAAAGCGGACUGGGGACCAAGAUUGAGAUUAGAGUAAGAAUGAAAAACAGGAUCGGAGAGGGAGAAGCGACAGGGUCCAUGGAACAGGGACAAGGCUGAGACACUGACUGGAAUAAGACAGGGAAAGGACUAACAAUGACACAAAAGAACAAUGAGAGACACACAGCAACACUGAGACUUGGGGAAGAAAUAGGACCAGUUACAAUGGUGUGUAACCCAAGUGGCCCUUAAAAGUAGACCUAGCAGCAUAUUUCCUCCCCGUUACUGUUAGGUAAAACUGUGCUUCUAGCAAGGGAAACCCUUCUGUAAACCCUCUUCACAGUCUGUGUCUCAGUAGUCGUUCCCCAAGCAAUGAAAGCUUCCCACUCCCAAUGUUAUGGCAAUUGAUAACCUGACCAGUGUAUUUCAACAUAAAAUAAUGAUAAUGUCAAAGAUAUGAUGUAUUACAAGCAUAAAUCACAACUGAGAGAGAAAAGUAGUGCUUGUUUAUCGUCUUGAAUUGUUCUCUCCUCACUUUUUUUUUAAAUUGCAUUUUCAAUACAAAAUAUGAUUUUAUGAUGUAAGAUGUUAUUAUCUGUAACAUAUUUGGAGAGAUACUGCUUUUAUAUAGACUUUAUCUGGCUUUGUAUUUGGCCAUUUUGAAGAUGUUUUGAAACAUGCUUGUAAUACUAUACUUGAGUGUAUCUCAUUGUAUUAUGGAAAGUGGACAUGUAAUGAUGCAUGUAGUGGCUUAAUCAAAUUGACAUAUGUAAAGUGGACAUGGACGUUGCUUCCAUCCUUCCUAGUUGACUCGCACAGCAAAUGUCUGUCACGAAAGUUUUCAUGUAGCAAAUGCAAUGCCUCUCCUUUUAAACUGUACUUUCACAUGGUGUUUACCAGCUCAUUGUUUUGAUUUCAUCCUGAAUUUAGCUUACGGAAAGAGCUUUUCUUAGGUGGAUUUUCCAUUAAAUAUACUUUUUUCUCAGAAUAGCAGUUCAACACUGUGACCACUUCUUUUCUCCA